AACUGUAUUAUGUGAUUCAGUAGUACCUUCUUCACCAUCACUCGCUGUUUCACCCACAACCCAGAGCAGUUUCGAGCUCAUCCCAACUGGGAUGGACUCAAGAACUCUCCUUGAUCGAGUUCUGUUUCAGCUCAUCCCAACACGAACCAGAUUUGAUCUGGUGCUCCUGUAAGGGCAAGAAUGAGAAGCUUGAUUCUGGACUUUUUGAGCCUUUCAUUUCUCACCUCAAAGUUGCAAGAGAUGAGAUUUCAAAAGGAGGGUACUCAAUUUCUCUGCAGCCACCGGUCCAUAAAUGCUGCCUGGUUCACCAAAGAUGCCCUUGAAAGUUUAAUUCUUGCACUGUCUUUGAUUGGCAUGAAUUAAAUCAAGUGCUAAAAUUCAAUGAUAAAGCUCUACAGAUUUGUUAACUCAGUUGAUUUUGUUUAUAACUGAGUGCGUGGAAGCUUGAAAAGACACUGAUUAUGAGUGCUGAAUGAAACCAUGAUAUAGCUUUGAACUAUAACUGAGGAGGGUAACUCCUGAAUUCAUUUUCCUCUUUGGUAGAUUUGUUCUGUUUGUUAGCACACCUGCAGUUCUUGAAUGGUUUGGCAGCUUAGAAAAAGAAAUAUUGCAAAUUGAGAAUUCUGUUCUAACUAAUGAUGUUUCAAAGACUGAUUUGGAUGGAAGGCAGGAGGAAGAACAUUGAUCAGUUGCCAAUGGAUAUAUGAGGGAGCCCAGUAAUUCCUCUAAGUUAAAAGGUGAACUUGAUAGAAAAGAAACCUUGCCUGAAGAAAAUUCCAUUGUUGUUAUGACAAGGGUUCAACUUCGCCGGCUUCUGGAAACUCAGAAAAUCUUGCUCCGGAAAGAGCAAGCAAUGGCUUAUGCUCGUGGGCUGGUUGUUGGAUUUUCAGUGGAAAAUAUGGAUAAUCUGACCUUCUUUGUUAAUGCAUUUGGAGCAUUGAGGUUUAGGGAAGCAUGUGCUAAUUACAUUGAAUUAUGCAAGAAAAAGCACGCAGAUCAACUUUGGAUGGCAGAACUAGCAGCUGUGAAGGGGUGCUCACUGGCUGAACUCUCAUUAUUGGAUACAUCUGACAUUGUACUUACAAAUGAAUCUUUGGAUGCACUAAAGUCUCACCCAAUAACACAACCAGCAACUUUGGACUCCACAAAAGUUCAUCAGACACCAUCAACUGCUCCAAAAUAUCAGUUGCUGAUGCCAUGGCCAAACCAGAUCCCCCAAUACAUAUACAACUUUCCAGGUCUUGUUCAACAGCUGCCUUCAUAUCAAGGAUAUUCUUUCCCUCCCAUGCAGCCUGUCCUUCUUCACUAUCCAAGGAAUGCACAUAAGCCUACCAAUAAGGGUUGGGAGUCAUCUUCAGGAAAAAAGGAGAAAUCACUGAAUGGAAAGGAAGAUGAAUAUUCAGGAGAAAAUGGACAAACUGAAUCUAGUGCCUCUAACUCUGGAAGUGAUUCAGGGUCACAUAAACUUAGGUGUGACAAAAAUCAAUCACCAGAUCAUUCAUCUAGAAGAAAACACAGGAAUAAAUCAUCAAGAACAAUUGUUAUUCAUAAUAUUGACUAUAUAACUCCUAAAAGGAGAGAUGGAGAAAAAUGUCAAGUUUCUGAUGGAUCCUCUUUAGAUGAGGAUGAGUUCACUCAGAAAAAUUCUUUUAGAGAGAAGAGAGAGGAUGCAGUUGUUUCACUGGAGGAAUGCUGUAAGUUAAACUCAAGUGAUGACAAAAGUAGGGAAAUGGACAGGGAGUGCUGCACUGCAAAUGGAUCAGAAGAUGCUUCUCAACAGAGUUUUUCUAAUGACCUUGAAACAUGUGUUUCUAAAGGAGGAAAAAUAGAUGAUAACUGGGAAGCUUUCCAGAACGUUCUGAUGACAAAUGGAAUUGCAAGUGUGAAGGGAGUAGAAACUUAUGCCUCAACCCCUGCCGUAGACUUGGAAUUGGAGGAAGUUCUGAAGCACCAAAUGGUUUCAGCUGAUUCCUUUGUUCUGAAGGAGAGGGAUGAAAAAAGUGAGAAUAUAGUGAAGUCAGAUGAUUUGGUAAAUGAAGAGAGUUUCUGUCCAUUGAUGAAGAGCAGUAACUGUGCAGAAGAAAUUUUAUUCAAUCCAAGGAGUCUGGAAGAAUCAACAAAUGAACUUGGGGAUACCCUGUCUACGUGUGUUAAGGAAUCGUCAAAAAUCAAGUGUGGAAAGGGAGAAGAUUGGUUCGUUGUCAAUCACUCCAGGAAACAAGAAAACUAGGAUUCAACCAGUGGGCGGAUAUUAUUUGAUGGGUAUCAGAUUCUACCAUUUGAGGGUGAUCACUUGUACCCUCAGAAGAGUAGAAGGGACAUCAUUAUUGAUGAUUGAUUCAUGGUACACUCUCAACCAGAGCUUGAUGGUGAAUAUAAUUUGCAAUGGAAA